AUGACCACAUCUGGACCCUUGCUCGUAACGCGUGCAAUCACUAUUGGUCUCCCAAAAGUGCCUCAACGCAAAAUACUGCGGCCUAUACAAGGCAUCACCAAUUUGAAAGCCAUUUUGGAUGACUCCGAGUGCCGAAACAAGCCCUUCAACACUGCCACGGUGUCUGGCCAAGAGCAGGAAAAGCUUGAUUAG